UACACUAGUAAUGUAUAAUUGGUGCGUAUAGAUAAAUUGGAAUUGCGUAAGACGGAGGAGAUGGUAUAUUCCGCGGACUGUCAACCUGUGGCUCUUCAGUCAUUUAAAUGUAGCCGUCAGGGAGGCAGGGGAACAUUGAGAGCGGGAAUUCACUUGAUCUUGCAGACCCGCAGUUUUGAGACCAUAGCGUAUCAGUUAGACAAAAGUACGAACAACUGUCGCUGUUGUCAACAUUCUAUUGUACUUAACCUUGCGGCCUUGGCUUUCUCCUCCCCGAUUUCCCUUCUGGCCAAUCCACCUCGCUUCUCGCUAGGUCACGUGUGAAGCAAGUUGCGACCAAUCCGGCUCCGGUCGUUGAGGGCUGUGCGACUGGAGGAGGAGGAGGGGAGAGAGAGACACUGUAGGAAGGAGAGAGGGGUGUGAGCGCUGCUGCACGGAGGCAAUAGUCGGGGUUGUGGACCCCUGUUUUCAAACCGUGGCCCUCCGAUGCCUGACUGACGGUGGAGGGAACUGGCUUGAGACGCUCGAACGAGAGAGUACGGCGUGUGGCUUCACAAGGCGCGAACUGGAGCCCACCCGAUCCUCUAUAGGGGUAACGUGCGGCGCUUUUAGCAGGUGCACAAUGUUCAAACUGCUCAGGAGAGUGAAAAGCUAGCAAUAAUAAGAUGCCCAAAACAUUAUCCUCAAAAGCAACACCAAGUGAGAAUUCGGACAGCGACUGCAACACCAUGGUUGAAAAACCAACAGGACGAAAGAAUAAAGAGAAAAUAUCAGCCUUCAGUAGAACACCUAAACUGGAUAGGAGUGAAAUUAGCAACGAAAUGAAGGAAAAAUCUUCCAUGAAACGCAAGCUUCCUUUUACUCUCAGCCCAACCAGAACUGAAGAAAGGGAUUCUGACACUGAUUCAGAACCAGAACACACAAGUGAAAACUGGGGAGAACGCUUAACUCCUUUCAGCACAUACCCAGAGAAAGAAGGACCAGAGAAGAAGAAGAUAAAGAGAGAAUCGGGAAGCAAGAAAUCAACUCCAGUUAACAUCCUUUUUGGUUACCCUUUAUCUGAACGCAAGCAGAUGGCACUUCUAAUGCAAAUGACAGCCAGAGACAAUAGCCCAGAUUCCACUCCAAAUCAUCCUUCCCAGGCAACACCAACUCAAAAGAAAACACCAUCAUCCUCUACACGGCAAAAAGACAAAGUUAAUAAAAGAAAUGAGCGUGGAGAAACACCCUUACAUAUGGCAGCCAUACGGGGAGAUAUAAGCCAAGUAAAAGAACUGAUUCGGAUGGGUGCAAACGUCAAUGUUAAAGAUUUUGCAGGUUGGACUCCGCUUCAUGAAGCUUGUAACAUGGGUUUUUAUGAUGUUGCAAAAGUCUUGAUAGCAGCUGGAGCAGAUGUCAAUACACAAGGACUGGAUGAUGAUACACCUCUUCAUGAUGCGGCCAGCAGUGGGCACAGAGAUAUUGUGAAAUUACUGUUACGACAUGGUGGCAAUGCAUUCCAGGCCAACAAACAUGGAGCACGUCCUGUAGACGUAGCUGAAACAGAAGAAUUAGAACAGCUGUUAAAAAGGGAGGUGCCAAUCUCUGAUGACGAUGAAAGUUAUUCAGAUUCAGAAGAGCCACAGUUCAAUAAUCUGUCCAGCGUGGAUGAAAACUUAGACUCAGAGGGAGAAAAGGAAUCUUUGAUUAAUGAAAGCAAACAUGGUGCAAUUAAAGGAACAUCUUGCACUUCUGGACUUGAUGAAUAUGAAUUUAAAGAUGACGAGGAUGAUGAAGACGACCCAGAAAUAAGCAAGAUGUUUGACGAUAAGCAUCUACUUAGGAAUGACAUUAAAAAGGAAAACACAGAAGCUAGGAUGAAUGACAGUUUCUUUAUAAAGCAGGAUAAAGUUGAUUUUCCAAAAAUGUACAAAAACCGGAAACCAAAGCCUUCUCGCCUGCUAUUCUCCAGUUCUGAUAGCUCGGAUGAUGAUUUGCUUCCAGAUAAAGUCAGUUUGAUAUCUGAAAGUCUUAAUUCUGACAUCAGAUCUAAGAAGGACUAUAGUGUUCUACAUGAACAGAAAGAGAAGGGCAAAGUCAGAAGGAAAUUGAAGAAUCAAAGCAAAAAUAAAGAAAAUCAGCAAAUAAAACAAGAAAGAGACAAGAAAGAAAAUAUGAAAGUAGUUAAUAUGGUAGUGUGCCCUAGUUUAGACUCCUUGGACAAGUCCAGAGAAGAGGACAUGUUUAGAAAAUCCCUUUGUACAAAGGAAGAACCAUCCUUACAGUUAUUUCAGAUCACUCCUGGCAAAUCACCCAAACAUACUUAUACAUUAAUUGACAAGCAGUCAACACCUUUGAAGCAGGAAAACACAAAAAUGUGUGUUUCGCCCCCUGGAGGAUCAGAAUCAUCACUGCAGACUGAUCUGUUCCGAUAUGAUCAAAAUACUGAUGCUGAAUAUGCAAUUGAAAGUUCCAGUUCUUCAUUCUCCAAAUAUAAAGAAAAGAGUAAACAUAUAAAGGAGUUUUUUAUUGAUUAUGCAGAUAAGUCUAUAUUAAAAUGUAAAGAAGAAGGUAAAAGUCCAUCAUUUGAAGCAUCUGAGUGUGUGCCAAAAAAAUCUGACAAAGAAGGUAAAGUAGUAAAAAAACACAAAAUUAAACAUAAAGAAAAGGAAAAAGAGAAGUCAAGAAAAGAUCCAGAUGUUGAAAAUGACAGAACCAAGCAUAGAGAAAACAAUAAAAACAUUCAAAGACAAAUAGAAUUUGACAGAGAAUUCUGGAAAGAAAACUUUUUUAAAACCGAUGAAAAUGAUGAGGAAUUUCUAAUCAUGGAUUCAAAGAACAACUCAUCUGAGAAAAAAGUAAAACUGGAAAAAUCACAGACAAAAGAAGACUGUUCAGUCCGAGAGAAUCACAUCCCGAUAGAGAAUGUUAAGGAUGAACAAGAGGAGCCAUCAAAAUUGGAUCAAGAAAAAAUUCAAAAAGAAGAAAAAGGAAAAGAUUGUAAUAGUGAAACUGACUGUCUUCAUACACCAAAAGAAAAAGACACUAAAAUGUUCCCUUUAACUGUAUUUGUAAAAGAAGACUCUUUUCCAAUUGAUAGAGAGAUUGACACAGAGAAACCAUUUAAGGAAGGGAAAGAAAAAAGUGAGAAACGAUCAGCACUGAAGGAGAGGGACUUGGAGAAGAAAAGCAUUGAUAAAGAGAAGAAAGCAAAAUCGGAACACAAAUCUGAAAGAGAAAAAGUAGAAAUGCCAGAAAUCACAGAUAAGUCCAAAUCACAUCUGCAGUCACCAGAUAAGCUUCAAAAGGAAAGUGAUAAAAUUAGAGCAUCAGUUAUCAGCAAAAAAAACGAUGACAAAGAAAAAUCAAAAGACAAAAAAGAAAGGAAUGAAAAAGACAAGCAUUUGGGAGAGCACAAACUUUGCACAGAUAGAAAACCCAAACAUACUGAAAAAGAUUCAGACUCAAGUAGAGCAGAUAAAGCUAAACGUAGAGAGAAGGAACUCAGAAAAAAAUCAAGGGAAGGGGACUAUUCCGCUGGUGCAAGCUCCAAGCAUGGUCAAGAAGAUCGCAAACAAAGUGGCAACACUGAUAGCAGUAAAGUACUUCAUGAAAAGCCUGCCGUGGUAAAGGAAAAGCUAAAAGAGGAGCAGCAAAAGGUUCCAGAACAUAAGGAGAAAGACAGAAAAGAUAAGGAAAAAGACAUUGAUCGAUAUAAAGAAAGAGACAAGCAUAAAGACAAAACACAGACAAAUAUACCGAAAUUAAAACCUAAAGAUUCUGAAGCAGAAAAAUGCAAAUCAAAGUUGCAGUCAACGAAAGACACCAGGCCAAAAGAAAAAAGGCUGGUCAACGAUGAUCUUAUGCAGACUAGUUUUGAAAGGAUGCUAAGCCUCAAAGACCUUGAAAUAGAACAGUGGCACAAAAAACAUAAAGAAAAAAUAAAGCAAAAGGAGAAAGAGAGACUAAAGCACCGAAAUAGUGUAGAACUUUCAAAAACAAAAGAAAAACCAAAACAUUCACCAACCCCAUCCAAAAAUAAAGAGUUAACCAGAUCAAAAAGUUCUGAACUGUCAGAUUUAUACACAAAAGAGAAAUCCUUGAAAGAGGCCACAAGUUGCAGAUCCAAUUCAGUUGAUGCAAAGAACUUGACAGCUUCAGGAAAGACACUUUUAAUUUUAGAAAAUAGUAAUAUAACAAGGUCGCCUAGAUCAGAAAGUGAAAAAACAGGCCUUUGCUCACGCUCUGUAUCUAUGAUUUCUGUUGCUAGCUCGGAGGAAUCUUGCCAUGCAACUGUGACUACACCAAGGCCUACAACAGAAUAUGACUCAGAUUUUGCAUUAGAAGGAUCUGACUCCCAAAUGUCUUUUUCACAGUCUCCAUUCUUACCUACUGCCAAGUCACCAGCCACGCAUGACAGAGAUUUAGACAGCAUUGCAGAGUUGCCUGAUCGUGUUAAACCACCAGUGACAAAUAGACUUCUACCAGGUUAUCUCAGGUCGGCUUCUGUAGAAGAUGUAAAAUUAGUGAUCAGUGAAUGCAGACCAGUUGUAGAAGUUCGGCGGUGCAGUAUGCCAGCUGCCUUGGUUGAUCAAACAAAGCCCACACAAACAGUAUUGGAAAGUAGUAUACCAGAAGUGCCAUCCUCUGUAAAAAUUACACCAAAUAGGUGUGUGUCUCCAAAACCAGAAGUAUCGCCUGCAUCGGAGAAGGACACUCAGAAUAGCACUUAUCUUCUUGCAAGCAGCAAAAAAUCUUUAUCAUUUAGCAGGCAUGCUUUGGAUGCAAAUCUCACUAGUCCAUCAACACAGACAUCUGAUGGAAGUUGCCUUUAUAGUGGGACAGAGUCACCAGUAACUCAUAUCGCCACCCCUGCUGCUUUUGAAUGUGAACAUACAAAGUUGUCUUGCAGUGGAAAUGAUUCUCCGGUGCUUUCAGAAAACCAGACAUGUCAAGAAAUGUUAAGUUCCAGACAAGAAAACACACGUCCUGUCAUUCAGGAAUGCCCUGUUUUACCUCCACAACCACAAAGUAAUUUGGUUGUAAAUACCGCAGUUUCAGACCCACUCUACUUCUCAAAGACCAACCCACCAAUCAGUUCUAAACAAGUACAUGCCAUUGUCAAUGAAGAGCAAACUCAUUGUGCCAACUCUAGCUCUGUCAAGAUAGAGGACUCUGAAUCUGAAGUUAAACUCAUUCAAACAGAAGACACGUCUUUGUGUUCUGCAGAAUCCAGUGUCAAUUCCCAAACAAUUGAAAGCAUAAAAAUUGUACUGACAGAUGUUACUGUAGAAGACUUACCAAGUGAGGGUGAUGAGGCUAUGCAGGUUAGCACAGAGGUAAAUACAGACAUUUCUUUAUGUAACCCAGAGGGAAUUGAACUGGAGAACAUAGCUGACAGUGAUUCCGCACCAAAACAAGACAAAUCCAUUACAGAAAAUACAGCUUCGUCUGCACUAAUUAACGUUAAAUGUGACACUGAUAUAGUUCAAGGUUGUGAAACUACAGAAAUAACUAAAGAUAACCCUGACCAACAAGUCAUUCCUCAGUCAAGUUCUGCACAUACGACUGAAUCUCCUAAAACGGAGCAACCGCAGUAUCCCUUAUCUGCUUUCGAAAGCCCACUCCCUCAGCUAGAUCAAGAUAUGCAAAGUUUUAGCCAGCCUGCCAAGAUGGAGGCAGAGGAGAAUACAGAGGAAAAGGCAGAGCACCAAGAAAUUCCACAAAGAAUUACUAGAAACAGAGCCAAUAUGUUGGCUAACCAGAAUAAGCAGGUCCAAACAAAUUAUUCUCAUUCCUCUGAUAAGGAAACUGUUGAGUCUCCUGUGUCUUUGAGAGGAAGGAUACGACUAACAGAAGAAGAUGAUGUGCAAGUGCAUCACCCGCGCAAGAGAAAGAUGGCUCGUGUUCCUCAGCCGGGGCUUGCUAAUUCCUCUGUAAUGCAAGCAAAGGAAAAAACCCAGCAAUCUCUAGCAGCAGUAGUUGACUCACUGAAACUGGAUGACAUCCAACCAUACCAAUCAGAGAGGGCAAAUCCAUACUUUGAGUAUCUACAUAUAAGAAGGAAAGUAGAGGAAAGACGUAAAAUGCUGUGUAGUGUUAUACCGCAAGCACCACAGUACUAUGAUGAAUAUGUGACAUUCAAUGGAUCAUACCUUUUGGAUGGAAAUCCUUUCAGCAAACUCUGUAUUCCAACUAUUACACCUCCUCCAUCUCUCUCAGAACCACUGAAAGAGCUCUUUCGACAGCAAGAGGUUGUAAGAAUGAAACUUCGGCUACAGCACAGCAUUGAAAGGGAGAAGCUCAUUGUGUCUAAUGAGCAGGAAGUUUUACGUGUCCAUUACAGAGCAGCAAGAACCCUGGCCAACCAGUCUCUUCCAUUCAGUGCAUGCACAGUGUUGCUGGAUGCAGAGGUGUAUAAUGUUCCACAAGAGUCUCAGACAGAAGAUGGUAAAGCAUCUGUACGAGAUCGUUUUAAUGCAAGGCAGUUCAUGUCUUGGUUGCAAGAUGUUGAUGAAAAAUUUGAUAAACUCAAAACAUGCCUUCUCAUGAGACAACAGCACGAGGCGGCAGCGCUAAACGCAGUUCAGAGAUUGGAGUGGCAGCUCAAACUCCAGGAACUUGAUCCCGCCACAUACAAAUCUGUCAGCAUAUACGAAAUUCAAGAAUUCUCUGUCCCCUUAGUGGAAGUCAAUGAUGAUUUUGAACUGACACCUAUAUGACAAAGUCACAUUCUGCAGCUGUUUAAAAGACUUCCUCAGUAAGCAAGGCUGCAGAAGUUGGAUCAUCUACUGCAAUUUAGGGAGGCCAUGCCUCUUCCGAACAUAAGCACUGUUUCUCUAAGGAUGUGGGAAGGUCAAGCGAGUUACAGAGCACACAGCCUUCAGGUCUUUUAGCAACCCAAACCCUUGCAUGUGCAGAUGCAGGAAUUUCUAUCAUUUAUACAAGGCCUUUUUUUUUUUUAAUAGCACAAAAAUUGUGCUAUUAAGUUGCCUGAUCCCUGUACAUUGCGCUUCUAUGGGCUCAUCUGCAGCGCAGGAAGCUGCACAAGAACGGGUACAAACAGAGUUAACUUCAAGAUGCACAAUUAAGUUGCACAUUAACCCCCAGCUCUUAGUGGUCCUUGCAGUGUUUUGCACGCCAGCAUAUGGCAUAUGUCCUGUUAAAGAGCUUCAUUGCUUCUACCACACCCAGUGCCACAGGAAUCUACAGAAGCGCAAUGGAAAUGCUACCCCUGCUCUCCAACAAGACUUGCCUGUCCACAAGGAGAUACUGUAAAAAGACUAAUGCUCUGAAAACGAAAGUGCUCUAAACCCUUUACAUUGUUGGAAGAACUCCGCAUGUACUUUGAACAGAUGUAAUAUUGUCUUAUUUUAAAAUAACUUAUUUUAUAUAUAAAAUGUGCAUUUGUACAUAGUAUUGUAAGUAAUUGUUGAAAUUGUACAAAUCCUAGAUAUUUUAUGUGUAAACUGUUUUACGUCGGAUGUUUUAAUGGACCAAAGUUGUCUUUUGUUUUUAUUUGUAAAGUGAUGUAUGUGUCAGUGUUGCAAGUACAGCAUGAUCAGAACCCGGAAAAGUCCGACUACAAGGUAUUGCAUGCUCCACUCUUUUACUACAGUGACUAUAUUAACAUUUGUUUAACCCUCUGAGUGCCACCAGGAGCAUGCAUCAUGCUACAGUGUCCAAUGGCACUAGGAGGGUUAAAGACCCCAAAAGGAAUUUAAUUUUAGCCUGCUGCCGAUAAAACUUCAUGCAGAUUAUUUUUUUGUUUAAACCUUUGGAAAAAAAAAAAAGAAAAAAAAGGAAAGAUACUUGUUAGACAUUGGACUCAAGUUGGCCUAUUUUUAAAAAGCCGCCUUUGAAUGAAAUUCUAAAAAUGUAAAUGGUCUAUUUUAAUAUUUACUUAAAGUUUGUAUAUAGUUCUGUAAAUAUAUUGUUUAAUAAAUUUUAUUGGUCAUGUUCA